UUGAAUUGAAUUUGUUUUGUUUGACAUGUAUAAUUUAUAUGUAAUUCUUUGCGAUUAAAACAAACGGCGUCAGACGCAUGACCAAGAACAGGCAACCAAAGAGAGACUCGUGAUUUCGAUGGACCUUAUUGAGACACGGGGGACCAUAAAACAAACGUAUGAAUUUAAGAGAUAGCUUUCAGAGCUCACGUAGCGGUUCGAGACGUAUCGUGUCCCGAGCCUCGCGCACAUUUCAAUCUAUUUCGUGCAUACAAUUGCCAUGUGGAGACUGCGACGGUAGUUGAUAAGAAUAUAAUUACUCUCGUACACUAUCAAGCACUAGCGCUUUCAUUCGGCCGCGACGAUUCCAAAGCGCGAGUCUAUGCGAACCAAUAUCCUUCGUAUUACUGCAUAGGCCAGGAAUAACGAGCCUUAUGAGAGUAGCGAAUUAAUCGCCAUGAAAAACAAUAUACAUACACUUCCUAAUUGUACGUUUACAUUUACUAGAUAUAUUUGGCGGCUCAUAAAUUAAGAUCUGCAUUGCAUCGUCGCGCCCUAAAUACGCCUGCCUAAUUCGAAACCUGGGCAGGUUUGCGUUUAGAGUUGAAGAAACGAUGCGAAUACGGAUCUGGGAAUCCUUCCAGGAAUACGGAUAAAGUGUCUACUGAUAAUAAAUGCCUUGAAAUGCCUAUCAUGCGUAAUAUUACGUGCAAUAUUAAUUACUCUGACGAUAGAUGUAGAAAUUCUUAAAAAUACCAUUUAAUAAAAAAACACAUUUUAUUAAUUCGAUUUGCAUGACAAAGGAAUUAAUAAAUCGAGCAUAUAUGCAGUGAGCUUUUAUCCCAUCGACAUUUUUAUUCUAAUUCGUAAUUUUUAACUUUUGAAUUGUUUCAUUACAAUUGAGCCCCUAUAUUGAAAAAUAAAUUGUAAUAGAAUUCAACUUGACGUGUGUAUAUUAACUUGGGUAAUCUAUUCACAGAGACUAAUUAACAAAUACACAUUUCGAUGCAGUCAGUAGACAUUUUCCGAAUUGUUACGGGUAUACAAUUAUCGUUAUUUAAAUGGUUAUAGAUACAUACACACAUAUACACCCGUAAAUGCGUUUCACACAUUGCGAUUUACUCUUUAUCACAGAUUGCACAAGAUAUUUUGUUAUCCUGUACUAGACACGCACUUUCUCAGUAAAAAAUUAGAUUAUAGCGUAUAUGCACUCUCUCUCUCUCUCUAUACCAAGUAAAUACACCUAACAUAGAUUAUAUCGAGCGAUUUAGACGUAUUCUCUUUCUGAUGAAUCUCUGCACUCGAUCGCGACCAAGAGUCCUUGUGACGCUCAACCGAGGCAUUAAUAGUCGAUUAGGGAAUUUCAUUUUACUCGACAAUCAAUAUAUGUAUAUAUUGUUUCGAUAUUUCUACUCUUGCUCUGUAAACACGAAAAUCCUUUCGUUGUCAAUUUUCGAAAGUUCUCGACUCUAGAAAUAUCAAUAGGAACUUUUAACGAUUAAGAAACUACAAUUUUCACCUUCUUAACAUUCUCUUAAACGUUAGAUACUUUGAUUCGCUAUAGUGUUAAAUCCGAAACCUUUUACUUACUAAAUGGCAAGUUAUAGCUUAUACAAUUUUCACUGUUCCGAGUGAUCGCGCAGUGCAACUGAAAAAUCGUGCAAUCUGCAUUGAGACAUCAAUCUUUUCCCUAUUAAAUACUUGUGAGUUCUAAUCGAAUUAUACAUAUAUAUAAAAUUGUUUAUAUAUAUAUAUAAAAUUGUUAACCAACAAUAUUUCAACAGAUUGCACGAUGCCGCGAUCCUCGCGCACAAAAUUCCUCAACUAACGGACAAGAUACGCGGAGUGAAGAGCAAUUCUACAUAUUUAAAUAUAAAACGAUUGCAUUUUGUUAAAAAAAAUUGUGCUAUUCUACUAUAUUUGCUAUUUACAACUUUCCACAGAACUCGCUUCUAGUUAUUUGCGGUCGAUUUCGGAAAGAAAACAAAACUUCUUAUGCACAUUUGUAGUAGCUAAGUAUCGUAAUUGCUCGUCUGUGUAAUCAAUCCUUUUUAUCUUUCCAUUAACGUCAUUUACUUCGCAAAACUCGGCUCAACCAUUAAAUCUUUCAUGAUUUAUCUCCGAGUGCUACUUUUCUCCCUCGCACAUCAGCCUUUCAACGCAAACUCCCAUAAAAAUUUUAACGGCCACUUUAGCCCGCCCCUUUCUCUCUGCUACUAUUCCAUCGCUAAUUAAAAUGUCAUCUUCGAUAAUCUCCCUUUCUCUCCACAUUAUCGGAUACGUAAUGAUCGGAACGGGCGUAUAAACAAAUACAUUCUUUACUCAUGCCUCGUACGAUUGAUUCAUACAUUCAUUUACAUAAUUAAUGCUCGCCGAACCACAACAAAAGAUUUUAUUGUCCACAAGACAGUGAGUAAAUUAAUUUCGUGGAAGUUUAGGGGAGAUUUCGUGGAAGGACGCAACUAUUCUUUCUUUCUUUUACACUACAAUAUUUUCACAUCUGAGUGUUCGAGUAUAAAGAUAAAGCACAAGAUUAGAUUCUUGAUUUCAAAAAAAUAAAGGACUAGACCGCGUGAACUUGUACAAAGAAAUUUAAAAUAUUUGAAUAUAAUUGUAUCAUGACCGCCAAUGAUCUAGGUAAGCGUAAAAACUUGCCCGUUGGGAUUCUUAUUGUAAAUUUACACUAUAUGAAUAUAUUUUACUCUUGUGUACAUUCUGUUAUCCGCAAAUAUACCGUUUUGUUAAAUAAAUUUCGCAUUCUGAUUAUGUCAGAAGCAAGAAAAACCACCCUUGCGAGUUUUCUUUACUUCCCAAACACAUGUCGCAUAUUUAUUACAUAUACCUAUAUAUAAUAAAAUAACCACUAACUUGUCCAACAGAAAAAGCUGUCGGAUCGUUGCAUUAGCGUUUGAUGAAAAUGGAUUAACGCGGAAUCCAUCCAUCAACUUUCGUGUUAUAUAAAUUUCAACGAUCGAAGUGAUGACGUGCUUUUGGUAAUACCUUGACCUGCCAUAAAAAUCAGGGACCCAAUAUCGUACAUAUUCGGAUGACCAGAGUCGACUGGCCGCGAAGCAACCAUGCGUGCUCCGACUAUCAAUUUCGUUAGGCAACUGUGUUCGCGGACGAUUCGCAGAGGCGCAGGUAAAAGACAAUGGGCAUAGGCCACGAAAACCAAUCAAUCGUGGUGCACGCUUACGCUCUUGCGUCGUAUGAAAGUAUAAAGGAGUUUUGAAAUCAAAGGGAGCCUUCAGUCGAUCAUUUGAAUCGUCCAAAGAAGCCAUAAAUCGUCAUAUCGGAAAAUACGGUUCGAAGAAUGAAGCUCUUGGGAUAUUGUAUUCUUUGCCUCUUUCUCACAAGAGUGCAAGCGAAGCCGCAAAUAUCUAAAUUAUUCCCCGUGGAAGGAUUAACGACAUAUCAUGAACAAUUAAGCAACUUCACAAAACCAUUUGAAAAAUUUCUGGAGAAAGUACGCACCACGUACGAUUUCGUUUUCCGUCAAUCCGACAAUACCAGCUACGUCGAAAAAAUCCUGGCAAAGAACGUGUCGAAUCCCGAUUCGCAAGCUUUGAAAAUAAUUCAGGCCGACUCGAUAAACAACUAUACGAAUCUCAGAUAUCCUAAUAACAGCUGGUUGGAUCAAAUAAAAUCGCUGUCUCUGCUGAAAGAAUACACAAGCAAGAAUUCGAACAGUAUCAAAAAGAACACGCCUAUCCUCGAAAUAAAACCGACAAUUAAAGCGGACGGAAAUAACGUGCACCUCACUAAAGAAAAGAGCUCUAACAAUACAAAAAUGCUGCCCGACGACGAUUGGUUCAACGACAUUCAGCCUCUGGGACAACUGGAGCUGCAAGACGAAGAGUUAGACAAAAAAAAUGAGGUGGAAAUCGUGACACCAGGAACAACUGUUCAACUUCCGAAGACGGUGGGUCGCCAAUUUCUCGAGUGGCUUGGAUCCUUUUUCGGUCUUACAUACAGCAUUUACACGAAAUUAUCGAGCGCUGUUAGUGGCAAAGAGAAGGUGACGCAAUGAUGAUGAAACACAACUAAAAAAAAUAUCAAGUAUACGCUUCGUACUUAGAAAUUCAGAAUUAUUUUACUUUUAGAAAUAAUAUGUUAAUUAUACGUUGAUCUAUUUAUAAAUUUAGAUUAUAAAUUUAGAUGAGUCUAGAUACAUAAUAUGGAUAUCCAAAUAUAAAUUUCGUUUAUCCAAUAUUAAAAGAGAUCGCACUUUUUUACAAUUUAAAUAUAAAAUGAAAAUGUUACGUUUAACGUUAAAUGUACGCCGAGAAUAUGGGCGAAUAUAUACAUAUCUCGAAUGAGAAUUCAAUUUCAGUUUAGUAUAUUUAGUAUUAAAUGUGCAGAGAGGAAAGGAACAAAAGAGAGAAAGAGAAAGAGGGACAGUGGAGAACAGAGAGAAUAAUACUAUACAGAUAUCAAAGUAAUUUUAUACCUUUGUACUACUGUCAUCCCCAGCACGUAUGUACACUUCGCUAAAAAUAAAUAAAAAAUAAAAUUUAUAUCA